CUUCAUCUGGUUCUUUGAAUGCCCCAGGAUCCCUAUAAAGGCUCACACUUUGAGAAUGCACCUACAACUUCUUCACCAACUCCUGAAUUCCCACACAGUCUCUCUAAGCAGGUUUGCGUCGUGGUUUUGAUCUAUAAUGGGGUUGCCAGCGGGUUUGAUUUUGGCCCUAAUUCUGCAGAUUCUUUCAGGAAGCACUUCAGGGACAAUUGCCUCCGGCUGUGACUCUUGUCAUGAUGAAGCCAACUGCCUGAAGACACGGGAAAGAGGCGACUCCUUCACCAGCCAGGCGUACUCUUGUGUGUGUAAAGAUGGCUUUGUAGGCGAUGGGCUCACCUGCUACGAUGCAAAGCUCUGCAGCGACUCCUCUUGCUGUAGCCAAGGUUAUCAGUGGUCACCAGACAUGGGCUGUGUGGACACUGACGAGUGCUCCCUCUCAGAGUCACCCUGCACCCCACGCCAGGUCUGCCGAAACACCCCAGGGUCCUUUGCAUGCCUGGAGCCCUCCACCCAAACUGUCCUGUUCCACUGUGGACGCUCUGAUUGUCCCAGGGGCAUGGACUGCAUCGAUGGUCAUGGCUCUCGCUUUGCUGACCCCUGUGAUCAGUACACCAAACUGAAUGAUGAGUGGCGUUCAACUAAUAACACAGUGAUUAACCGGCCACGCUGUGACCGAGAUAUCAGAUGGAAAGGCUGGUAUCGCAUGUAUCUGGGCAGAGAAAGUGCUCAGCUUCCAGAGAGAUGUUCAGGUAGCCACAGGUGUGGAACUGAUGCUCCCAUGUGGAUGACAAAAGCUCAUCCCACAGAGUCAGAUGAGAUUGUAAAUCGCAAGGUGUGUGCUGCCUUCGAAGACGACUGCUGCACUUAUGACACAGACAUCCAGGUCAAGCUCUGCCCUGGAAACUUCUACGUCUACAAACUCGUGAGGCCAUCCACAUGCUACCUUGCUUACUGUGCAGAGGUGAAAGGGCCAGCCCCUGAAGUUGUACCAACCACACCUGAGCCCAUAACUGAGCCCCUCACCCAUGCACCCGAUACAACACCUGAGACCUUCAGCUCCACUGAGGCACCCAAUCAGCCUUCUCAGCUGAUUUGUGGCCGUGAGACGCUUCAAGUUGGGCUGGAUGUGGACAGCCUUACAUCCUCUGGUUUGAACCCUCUUUCUGGAAACCUGGCAACGCUCAACUGCUCCCGGUUCACAGUGCGUGAUAAUGUAGUGUGGUACGAAGUGGAGACCAGAGCCGGUGUCUGUGGAAACACUUUGAAGACCAACAGCACACAUGCCAUCUACUCCAAUAGUUUGUUCAUCUACCCGAAGAGCAACUCCUCCUUCGUCCAUCCUCUGAGUGUGCCCUUCACCUGCGUGUUUCCCCUGGACACACACAGCAGCAUGGACGUGGCUGUCAGGCCAUUCCUGGAGCUGAAAGGUGCUAUUACAGGCUCUGGUUCCAGAGCAAAGGCCUCCAUGUCUCUGUUCCACGACUCCAGCUUCUCAGAGAAGUAUCCUGCAGGCCUGGUCACCCUGCCGGUCGGCUCCCCGCUGUACGUGGGCGUCUCGGUGGAGGAGACAGAUCCAAGCUUUGCAGUUGUUCUGGAGGACUGCUACGCCACACACUUAUCAAACCCUCACAACCCCGAGCAGUACCCUCUCAUCCACAGCAAGUGUCCUGCUGACCGCAGACAGGUGUCCGUGGUGGAGAGCGGCGCUUCUCUCCGGGCUCAUUUCUCUUCCCUGUUCUUCCUGCUGCAGCAUGAGUACCGAGACCUGUACCUUCACUGCAGCCUCAGCCUGUGUGAUCGGAGAACCAGCUCCUGUGUUCCACCCUGCACACAUAGGAACUAUCGCUCUGUUUCCAACUCUGAGCAUCUGGAAACCAUCACCGUUGGACCAAUCCUUUGGGAAAAGGCAACCGAGUGAGCUGAUAACGUGCUGUGACCUUGUUUUGUUUCAAGAUGUUUUUACAAGAUUAGUAGAACUGGUGUUACAUUAAUAAUGAAUGUUAACAUACUUUGUAUCGAUCAUUGAUUAUAUUUCCUUUGUAAUGAUUUUGUCAUCCGUUUUUGAUUGGGGUGAUUAAAA